GUUUCAUUGCAUCAAUGAUUACGCGAUUACUGUACAACCUUCUUGUCAUGAGUCAAAAAGUUAUUUUGCAAUAUCAAUACAUUAAAAACUCAUUGCAAAUCAUUCUAAUAAUGAAAAAUACCAAAACUCAUCGAUUAGUUUAAUAAUUAUUAUAAUCACGUCAAUAAAUACGAUUUACAUUAAUCAUUAUAAUUUAAAUGAAUUUUAGUAACCUAUUUAUCAUAUCGUUUGACGUGUGAAUUGUAAUGAAUUUUCUCAGCAUAUCCAUCAUCUGUAUGCACUAAUAUCUUUUGUAUAUAAAUAGAAAAUUUGAAAAAAAGAAGUAGUUAAUGAACACUAACGCCAACAUUAUUUUGUCGAUAUUUUACCUCCAACUAAAGUCAUGAUCAUAGUCAUCUGAUGACAAAUAUUCGCUACAGUAUUAAAUUUGGAGUUACUCUAAAUAUUACUUGAAUCAAGAACGUACUUUAUACUGUUUUUGAAAUUUUAUUCAAAAGCCAUGGCUAAAAAAUGAUAUUUUUUUAAUUAUAUAUUUUACAAAAUUUUAAAAUUGUGAAGAAAUAAAUUAAUUCAUCAUGACUCCUAUAAUUAUUAUUGGAAUCGCUUUUUUGAUAAUCUACUACAGUUUUACAUGGAUUCUUCCCAUGACAUUGGCAUGGCUCGUCAAAUGCCGAUACAAAAUUCACUUGUGUGUGGGACGUAUUUCUCUGCCUUAUUUUAUUCUUCAAGAUGUUACAAUUUCAAAAAAUGGGUUUACAGUGGAAAUCGAAGAAAUCACUGUCAGAAGCAGUUUAUUUAGCAGUGACGUUGCGAAACUAUUGGCUGUGGUGAUGCAUGAUGUCAGAAUCAAUAAGGAUGUUCCAACAAGUCCUAAAAUUGAAAAAGAAAGUCUUAAUCCUCCUCUAGAUUUUAGGAAUAAAAAAAUUCCUCCAAUAAUCAUCACGUUUGUUCAAUUUAUGGCCGUCCAUGUAGAAAAUCUAAGUCUACUAGUAUUAGGAAAUGGUUGGUUAGCAAAUGGUAGCGCUGAAAGUCUUACUCUUGAUGGGAGUGUAGUUCAUGGUGCUAGAACACUUCUAGCUUCAGCAACAAUAAUUGGAGGAGCAAUGAAACUUCUUCGGCAUGCAUCUGAUGCUUGUUUAGCUCAAAUAAGCUUCGCUGGGACUGUUGAAGCUACUUUAAAAGCUCAAGGAGACCUUACCGUUGAGAAAUUAUUUGUCGGUGUAACUCAAACUGAAACUUCUGGUGGUGCAGGACUGAUUCAGUUUUUCAGGGACAGAAAAUCGUUAUCACCAAAAACACCACUUUGCAAUGCACCAAAUAAUGAAUAUUCUGAUCACUUGGUGGCAAGAUUUGCUCCAAUUUUACCUAAAAAUCUUACUUUGAAAAUGGGAAGCUCAUCCAUAAUCUUAGGUCGAGAAGAUGGAACAUUAACGGGUCUUGAAGGAAUCAUGAAAAGUUUUCAGAUAAAUGCUAAAUUUCAACCCGAAAGUCUUCAAGUUCAUCUUUCUGUUAAUCUUGGAGGACUUUCAGUAAAGGGAAAGUUGCCAGUAUUAUCACUUCACUCAUUAUCUAUUGAAUCGAAAAUGAAAAAUGAUGUUCUUAGAAUAGAGACUUGUUUAAAUAGUCUACACAUGACUUAUGAUCACAGAGAUUGGGAAUCAUUAUUAUCUAACAACAAUCAAGAUAUUUCAACACCUGAUGUUAAAAUUACAUCAAAAAAUAAAUUUUCGUGGCUUGAAAUUCAAACUAAAACCGAACUCUAUGACGGAUCUUUAAUUGUUCGAUUACCAGACGUUCAAGAAGCUUCAUGCGGAGUUACUCAUGUGAGUGUUUCUUUCAAUAGAUGUACCGAAAACCCUGAAGACUGGAAUAAAAAACUUAUGAUUGAAUCACUGAGGUGCUCUUUAAAUGGAACUAAUACUGGAACGUUAGACAUCACUCAUCAAUGGGGUAAUCCUUUAUCUGUUGGUGUUUUAGUAGCCACAACUCAUCCCAAUGCCGUUGGUAUCGUUUUAGAUUCUUUAAGAACUGAAUGGAGUCUUGAAUUGGCUAAAUUUCUUGAACAAGCAAUAACAUAUUGGAAUGAACAUCAAAAAUUAUUCAGCUCAAAACAGUCAAAGGAACAAGAAAAAUCAAAUAUCAGUUCACUCCAAUUGAAUCUUAAGGUUUCUAACUGUAAUCUUUUCUUUAUUGCUGAAAAUGAACUUUCAGUUAUGAUGCGUUUAGAUUCUGCUAAUAUUGAACACAAUCAGAAGAGGUUUGUUGGUGUUGCUGAAGGCAUCUGUACGAUUACACUGAAUAAAAAUGAACCUACAAUUUGUGAACAUGCAAAAGCUUUGAAAGAACCUUUUUUGUCAAUACGGAAAUGUAAAGCUGCAGUUACUGCAACAUCUGUAAAUGUCAGUCUUGAUGGAUCUCAUUUGUCGUGGAGUCCAAAUCUUCAUUUGAGAUUAUUACAAUUAUGGAGCGAGUCAUGCAAUUUCCGUACUCUUUUACAAAAUAAAAAUUCAUCACCUUCGAAAACAAUAAAACCAAAAAAAUUGUUGAAUAUUUUAGCAACUAAUGGAAUUUCUUUAACCAUAUAUAUAUCGCAAAAAUACUUUGUAGAACUUUCAUCUGACCAAUUACGUUGCUCUCAAAAUGAGUGGCGGUUGAAUUAUCUUCGAGGAUCAUUAAAUAUGGCAGAUAUUAUCACUAUUGAAGGCUUUGAGCUUGUAAAAUUAGCAGACAGCGAAGAUGUUAAGAUGGAACGAUUAAAUAAUGAAGAUUUUGAAUUGGAAUGGAAUGAAACUUGGGCGUUGACAAUAGAAGUAGCUAAGGCUAGUUUUCCCUAUGAACAUUCCUUUACUGAUGCAAUUCAAAAUGAACUUCUAAGUGUAAGAAAAUGGCUGAAAGAGAUUCAUUCAACAGGAUUAUCAAAAGCAAAGUAUUUACCUUGUGAUUUAGUAAUUAAAAUUAAAGAAUGGAUCUUUGAAGUAAGUGAUGAUCCAUUUGAAGUCCGGUUAAGGGAUAAUUAUGAGCUUUUGGAAGAUGAAUAUAAAGAAAGUUUAAAACGUCAAGCGAUGUUAGAUACCAAAGUUCAAGAAUUAUGUCGUACACAUUUACUUAUUCCUCAAGGAAAAGUAGAAGAAUUGUAUGCAAGUUUAAAUAAGAAAAAUGCUGAAAUAUAUGUACAAAGAUGGCGUCAAAUGCAACGAGCUGGACCAGCAAGAACUAGGCUGUUUGCUUGGACCAUGCAAGACUUAGAAAUCAUUGCUUUAGCUGAUCCAACAAUUGAUGGUCUUGAAAAUGCAACUGCAGCUAUUGCUAAAAUGGAUUCGGAGUCGCCUUGGCCAGAAGAUGGACUUGAAUUCAAUACUCUGUGGGUUCGAGGUAUUGCUUUGAAGUGUGCAGAAUGGAAAUUACAACUUCGAGAUUUUCCUCAACCUCUUUUGCUUGUUGAAGGAUUGAGUAUUUGGGGUAGAUUGGCAGGAGCUGAAGCUUUAGCUCCUCCAAGAGCUAGAAGAACUGUUAGAAUUAAAGUUGGUGCUCCGUGGAACGACAUUGUUGUUGAAAGAGGGAUGACUUCGCUCAAAUACUAUCAUGAUUUAAAUUGGGACAUUGAUAAAUUUAGAUACGCUUUUGGACCGUGUUGGGAACCUGUAAUCGCUCAAUGUAAUCUCAGUUUUGAAAAAAUUCUUCAUCCAUCCCGAGAUCCUAGCCCUCCACUUCCCUUUUGGGAUAAAAUGCGUCUCGCACUCCAUGGCAGAUUAACUCUAUGUGUGAAACAACUUACUAUUUUACUUCACGCUUCUUUAGAUCCUUAUAAUACAACAGAAGAAAUGGAAUUGACUUGGUCAGGAUUAGAAUUAGAUUGGACUCUGGGAAAAAUCAUUGUAAAAAGUGAUUUAGAUGUGUAUGUAAGAACAGCAAGCAAAUAUGAUGAUUGUCGGCUGCUUCAUUUACCAAACGUAAAAUUAGCCAUAAAAUUAGCUUGGAUUUGUCUUGGAGAUCCACGUGAUCAUCAUGCAGCUAUUCCAUGUGCUCCAGAUCGACUUCCAGAAUACUCUAGUAAUCAAGAACAUGAUUCUUUUCGAGCUUUCCGAUCGCAAAAUCUUAAUGUGAGUCUUGCAUUAGAAACAAAACUUACUGGGUCUCCAACUUCAACUAGUACACCCACUGCAGUGUUGUAUGGUAGUACAUUAAGAUGGUUUGAAAAUUUAAAGUUUAUUUUAUCAGGAGCAACAAGGCCAACACGUAAAGGUCGAUUAUUUAAAAAUACACGACCGAGAAAAAAACAACUUAGUCGACAUUACAAAAAAGUUAGAUUAACUUUAGCAUUUCAUCGAUUCCAUGUAAGUUAUUGGAUGUCUUUUGCUAUGCAGAGAGGUUUCGAAGUUACUGGAGGUCGAGUGGCACAUUCGUCUGAGCAUAAUUUAGCACUUCAUCCAAUAGAUGAUGGAUUAAUUCAUCGACCCAGAGCCGAAUGGUCUGUUAUUUACAUGACUUGUGAGCUAAAUGAUGCAGAGAUUUGGUUAAAAAGUGCUCUUCAAGAAGAAAAUGAAUCGACUUCACUUCGACAGCCAGUUGAAAAAUGUUAUUGUUUGAGUGUUGCACGUGUGAGUUAUGGAAGAGAAACUCUUGUAGCAGAAAUAAGUGGAGAUACUCCAACUCAUCGAUUAGUAGUUCAUGAUUUGAAAGGUGCUUGGACCAAAACAAAUCGUGACGUAGCAUUUGCAUUAUUUGAUUCCUUUAUAAAAUCACAGCAGUUGAAAAAAAAUUUAUCAACAGCAGCAUUAAAAGGUUUCCUUCGAGAAUCUACUGCAGCACCUCAAAAAAAUCGAACUAGAACAGUGGAAAAUCAAACUACUCCAACUCCAGUAAUUCCAUCAACAGCUGUGACUACGACAACAACCAAAAGCUAUCAAGGAGGAGCUGCGGUAAUGCUUCAAAGAUUAAUUGCUGAAGCAGCUAAUAAACCUGUUGCUUUUAGCGAUGAUUUAUCUGUUCAAACGCGAGGACAACAACUCCGCGGACUUGCUGCAUGUAAUCAAGAUGAUGUACUUCAUAAAAAUUGGCUGAUUGCCCUCGUAAAUAGUCAAGUAUUACUUAAAGGUAUUGAAACCCGUGGAUAUGUUAUUCUGUCGGCUGCAAAAGCGGAAAUACUACAAAGAGUUCAUCGGCCGGUUUGGCGAGAACGAACUUUAGUAUCAAAGACAACCUGGGUUGGUUCUUUAGAAUGCAUGCAGUAUUAUGCUACAGUUAGUGCUAAUAUUGAUGAUAAUAUUGAUGACAAUAUAAUGUGGCUAAGUGUAGAUAAUAUUCAAGAAAAAGAUUCAACAGUGAUUUCUGGUUUUCCAGAUGUCCCAGCACUUGUAGGAUCAGGUCAAAGUGUUGGAGGUGUAGUAAGUCAAACUGUUGGUGGUGGAGGAGGUCUUCAACAUCAAUUACAGAGAAUAGUAUCUCGAUGCAAAUGUGAAUUUUUUUAUGUUGGUUACAGUCAAACUCUUGAUUCAACUGAGCUUGAUGAAGUUCUACCGCCUCCACCAGAAGAAGUAACACUUUGGGAACGCAAAGAUCUUUGUGCCGCUGAUGCGUUUACACUGAUGCAUCAUGAUCUAGACGUCUGCACAAAUUCUUUACAAUAUGCAAUGCUUUUAGAUGUUGUAAAUAAUUUACUAUUGUAUGUAGAACCUCGACGAAAAGAAGCUAUGGAACGGCUACAAAGAUUGCGAUUUCAACUUCAAUUACAUUCAGUAGAAGAUCAAAAAAGACCUAUUCAACAAUUACAAAAUACAGUUCGAUGUUUAGUUGCUAAAUUAAGAAGACUUGAAAAGGAAACUUAUUUAGUUCAAAAAGCACUUGCAGAGGAAUCGAGCGCUGAAUUAUUAUCUGAAAUGGAAAGGCUUGAAUCUCGAGUUUAUGAAUGUAAAGAACAGCUUUCAGCAAGAGCUGAAGAACUUGAUGUUAUGUUAAGCUGUUAUAAAGAAACUACAGCUCCUACGGUAGCUUCAACUUCUUUAAAAGAUAAACCAGCAGCUGUGGCAAGGAUAGCUGAAAUUUGUUUCAAACAUGCUCAAUGGAGACUUACUGAUGCAGAUGGACAACUUGGCAUAGCUGAUCUUAUUCUUACGAAUUUCUUAUAUACAAAAACUAGUAAGACAGAUGAUUCAGUUGAACAUCUUUUAGAACUUGGAUAUGUUAGAAUGACAAAUCUACUUCCCAAUCAAAUUUAUACAGAGGUUUUAACACCAACCGAACUUCAAAGCAAUAUGCCUGUAGAUAGACAAAGGGCAUUAAGAGUUUUUUGUAGAGAAAAAGCUCCAGUUGCUGGUAUUUCUGUCAAAGAACACUUUGAAAUAAAUGUUGUGCCUUUAACUAUUGGAUUAACUAAAAAAUUUUUCAAUACUAUGCUUAAAUUCUGCUUUCCCGAGAGAGAUCCUGAUGGAAUUGAAGAGCCUCCAGCACCACAAAGAGACUCUUCAUUUUAUGUUCCAGUUGAACGUAGAGAUGAUGUGGAAAAAAUGAAAGAAAGAGCAGAUAAAAAUAAAUUAUUCAUAUAUAUAAAAAUACCAGAAGUACCAGUUAGAGUUUCUUAUAAAGGAAACAAAGAAAAAAAUUUAGAGGAUGUGAGAGAUAUAGCUUUAGUAAUUCCUACACUGGAGUAUCAUAAUGUUACGUGGACAUGGCUUGAUUUGCUUUUAGCUAUGAAAAGUGAUUCUAGAAGAGUCAUUUUAAGUCAGGCAAUUAAACAAAAAUUACAAAUUAAACCAAGAGGACCACAGGAAGAAACAACGCCGCAUGAAGAAGAUAAAGCAAGACUUUUACUUGGUGCUAGACAUCUUCCUGGAGAUGCUAGAAAGAAAAGCGUAUUUAAAUUUAAAUGAAAUUGAUUAUUUAAAUUAUUACACGAAAAGACAUUUCGAGACUGCAAAAAUAAUCAUAAAUAUUAGUUAAAGUACAAGAACUAGAUUACGUAAAUUACAAUUUAUUAAAUAGAUAUUUAUUUUUUGAUGAUUUAUUUUUUGUCAUUUAUCAUACAGUUUUUUUGCAAAAGAUUUUAUUAUUGUAAAUAUAUACGAAUAAAUUAAUAUAACGUCAUGAUUUUCAACGUAUAACGGAUUUUUAAAUCAUUGAAUG